UCCACCUGGUAGUACUUAUAUGAAAAAAUACAGUGAAUAUAUUGCAGAAUUUUGUUUCAAAUAUGGCGUCUCAAUAUUUUAAAUCAAUUUUUACAUUAAUGCUAGUUUGUGUUUUUGUUUAUAGUUUUCCCAGUGUCCGACAAAAGAGAGUACUUUUCAGUUUUGAACAGGAUUCGCAUAGCCGGUUGAAACGCCAGUCUCCUAUAUUAGGUUACAAGAAUUAUAUGCAAACUGCAGCUCAACCUAGCGUUAUAGUCAAUGGAGGCAACGGGUAUAGAGUGCCAGAGUAUUCAUAUGGAGUUCCCAACACUUAUGCAGCCCAAGGAUCUUCUUAUGGCGCCAAUAGAGCACCCACAGUAGUGGUCAAUAUGCCAGACAGGCAGCUAGACAGUAGCUGUAAGCAAAAAACAAAGAAGAAGAAGAAAAAUAUUAUCUUUUAAUGGCGGAACGACAGGGAUGACAACUACAUAACGCCCAUUGCAAACAACCCAUACGUCUUACAAUCAAGAAGAUUAUAGACUAUAUCGAGACAAAAUCACAAAACGUAAUAAAAUUUUACACUUGUUUCUGAAAAUAAAACUCUAUUUAUAUGAAAA